AUUCCUCCCACUUAUCAUUUUCAAAAUCUCACCAACCUAAACCAGUCCACGGAGGAUAAAUCUUUUUUUUUAUGGUUUUCCUCCUACGCGCGACUUGUGGUACAAUUGAUUCUUUCUUCUUUUUCGAAUAGAAUCAUUGUCCACUCAUUAUCCUUUCGGUUACACGGUCACAUUUGCUUGUGAUUGUUUUUUCGACGGGCUUACGGUCGCUUUUUCGAGAAAUAUUAUAAUACGAAGCAGCCUAAGCGGGGUACAUUUCCGUCAUUUUUUUAACCCAUCGUCAUAAUCAUCAUCCAUCAUCACAACCAUCUCUUUUCCCUCGGUCGGUUAUAGACAAAAAUAAGGAAAGGGAAUUUAGAAAUAAAUCAUCAAGAUGGUUUCCGCAUCUAAAGAAAAGAGACUCGCCAAGAAGGCUGCCGAUGCCAAAGAAGGCAAAGGUGAGAAGAAGACUCUCGUCUCUAGAUCCAAGGCUGGAUCUAAGGCCGCAUCCAAGAAUGCAAGCGCUUCUGGUUCCGUCGCCGGCGACGACCCUCCCGAUCCCAACGACAUCCCUGCGACCGACGAUAGCAAGAUGGAAAAGGUCAAGGCAUUGUCGGAUCAAAAAGAUAAACAUGGUUUGUCCGACCGCAUCACCACUGGUGUCCUGGCAUCCGUAGUCACCAGCAGGGACGUCAAGAUUAUCAGUGCUAGCUUAACCUUCCACGGUCGUGUUCUUCUCAAUGAAACCGACCUAGAGCUGUCUUUCGGUCGUCGAUAUGGUUUGUUAGGUGAGAACGGUUGCGGAAAGAGUACCCUUCUUAAGGCUAUCUCUGAGAGAGAAUACCCUAUCCCCGAACACGUCGAUAUCUACCUUCUCAAUGAAGGUGCUCCGCCCUCCGACUUGGGUGCUCUGGAAUGGGUUCUCAAGGAGGCCGAAAAGGAGAUGGACCGUCUAGACAGACUAGCUGAACAGCUACUCGAAGACGAGGGUCCCGACAGCCCUGUACUAAUGGAUAUCUACGAGCACAUGGACAAGAUGGAUCCUUCCACGUUCGCUACCCGAGCUUCCCUUAUCUUGACCGGUCUUGGUUUCAACAAGCAAACCAUCCAUAAGAAGACAAAGGACAUGUCUGGUGGUUGGCGUAUGCGUGUCGCCCUCGCCAAGGCCCUCUUCGUCAAGCCGACUCUACUACUUCUCGACGACCCCACCGCCCAUUUGGAUCUUGAGGCUUGCGUGUGGCUCGAAGAGUACCUAAAGAAGUGGGAGCGAACUCUCAUCCUGGUCUCUCACUCGCAAGAUUUUAUUAACGGAGUCUGUACCAACAUGAUUGAUAUGCGAAAGCAACAACUCAUCUACUAUGGUGGUAACUUCGACUCUUACGUAAAGACCCGAAAGGAGCAGGAAAUCAACCAGAUGACCGCGUACAAGAAGCAACAGGAAGAAAUCAAGCACAUCAAGGAGUUCAUCGCCAGCGCAGGUACUUACGCCAACUUGGUGCGACAGGCCAAGUCCCGACAGAAGAUCCUCGACAAGAUGAUUGCGGAUGGUCUUAUCGAAGAAAUCAAGGAAGAUAGAGAAUUCAAAUUCAGAUUCACUGAUGUCGAUAAGCUUCCUCCUCCUGUCUUGUCCUUUGAUAACGUCACAUUUUCGUACUCUGGCGAGGCGAAGGAUGACCUUUACCGCAACAUCGACCUCGGUUUCGAUAUGGACUCCCGAACAGCCCUUGUCGGCCCCAACGGUGUCGGUAAGAGUACUCUCUUACGCCUGAUGACGGGAAAGCUCUCCCCCACCUCUGGAUCCGUCCGUCGUCACACACAUCUUAAGCUCGGCAUGUAUUCUCAGCACAGUGCUGAGCAACUCGACCUGACCAAGAGUGCUUUGGACUUUGUCCGCGACAAGUACCGCGAGAAGUCUCAGGACUACCAAUACUGGCGCCAGUGCCUUGGACGAUAUGGUGUAUCGGGUUCCGUACAAACCGCCUUGAUGGGUACUCUAUCCGAAGGCCAGAAGAGCCGAAUCGUUUUUGCUUUACUUGCCAUUGACUCGCCCAACAUGUUGCUUCUUGACGAACCCACCAACGGUUUGGAUAUCCCAACCAUCGACGCCCUAGCAGACGCCAUUGAGAACUUCAGUGGUGGUGUCAUCGUGGUUUCCCACGAUUUCAGAUUACUCGACAGGAUUGCCAAGCAAAUUCUAGUGUGCGAGAACCGAACGAUCAAGCCUUGGGAUGGCUCGAUAGGAGAAUACAAGAACUACCUCCGAAAGAAGAUGUUGGCUGCUGGUGCUGUCUAAGAGGCAUUAACUCUUCAUCGUUCUACCCCAUAUCCGAUUUGAUUAGGCCCGUAAUUGCAUUCGCUCGCGAGAGGUGGUAUUCACACUUCAUAUAGCAGUACGGGAUUAGGCGAGGCAUACAUAGGAAGUAUAUGUGCAUGUGGUCGCGGCUCGGGGGUUCAUGGAUUGGACAGCGAGGCAUUAUUGGGCCGCCGGCCUCGGAUUUUUACAUCAAAAAAAGCUUUGCUUGCGAGAAAGGAGGGCUUUGCUCUUGGCGGAAAGGCUGGCGCAGGUGUCGCGUCGGGCUUUGCCCUCUGGAAUAGACUAGGCGAAUUUAAAAAUGAGUUCGGAAAUUUAUGCAUAUUGUAAAAGCUAUUUAAUGUGACUUACUGGUGUUCAUUGUUGUCUGUAUGUGUACCUAAGUAGUAUGAUUGCGAUUCUCAGGUCGUCAUAUCUACGGGCCAAAUGAUCGCAAGAUGUAAUUAAAGGCAGUUGAAUUCACACAACAAUCACAA